AUGGCAGGGACUGAUCCGUAUCAGCAAAUGAACUAUGGAUUUGCGAUCGGAACACCCGUGGCUGCACAGACCACGAACGUUCCGGUGGUGAGUGACGUAUUCUGCUGUCCUUACCCACUCCAGCUAACAGUCAAGAAGAAAUGUAAAGGCCUUAGCGGUGCGAUGCUAGACGUGGUUGACCUCAACUCUAACGUCGUUCUCCGUGUCGACGGUCCUCACGACAGCUUCAGCAAGAAACGUGUUCUUCGUGAUCCCGCGGGUUACCCUCUACUCACAAUGCGCGAGAAGUUGACAUCGUUACAUGAUGGAUGGACGGUUCACCGAGGAGAAGGCUCAGAUCCAACGGAGCUGAUGUUCACAGUGAAACGUUCUAAUGCUCUUCAAUGGAGAGCACGCCUCGAUGUCUUCUUUCAAUCUCAUCAUCAUCAUCAUCUCCCUGGUAACUUCAGCGUUGUAGGCACUUACUUCGACGACUCAGCCAAGGUCUACCAUUCCAACGCUGUCAUCGCCGAGGUGAAGGAGAAGACGACAUUUGGAGGAUUUUUUAAAGAGAAACAAGACUUUGUGGUUAGGAUAAAUGCAGGCGUUGACUAUGCUUUUAUUGUGUCUCUCCUCGUCAUCUUGAACGAGACCAACACAAUCUUUUAGCCUCAUCCAUGUCUUGUUGUUUUUAUUUCUGACCAUUGCAUAUUUUUCAUUGUUUCAGUGCUAUUACUCGUUGAUGCCUUAAGAAAAUGAUUGGGUGUUUACAUGUUUGUGAUUUUGAAAUUUUACAUAAGCUUUCUGCUCUGUUGAUAUCUUUAAAACGG